GUGUGCGUGUGUGUGUGUGUGUGUGUUGUUAUUGGCUCAGCUGGGAUCAGGAAGCUUUUCUUCAGCACUGUGUGAAGCGAUGAUUAUCUUCAGACGAUGACCUAAACCGGUCCUUGCUGGAACAGAGACCCUACGUGUUGUACAGUAUUAUUCGGAGGCCAUGUUGUCUCCUUCAGCAGAAGACUUGCAGUCUAUCCAUGAAUGGCUCGGGGGGAUCCACCUUGAGCAGUACAGUCCAUCCUUCCAGGAGGCAGGUCUCAGAACUGUGUGGGAAUGCCGGGAGCUGACGGCCUGUCAACUGGAGCGCAUGGGUGUUUCUUUGCCGGGCCACCAGAAGCGCAUCCUAGUGAGCCUGCAGAAGCUCUUACCUUCAGAACGAGUGAUAAGUGGGGAGGAAGAAGAGGAGGGACAAAGGCCCGUUCCAAGGGUAAGGACGAAAUUCCGUGCUUCUACAGGGGCUAACACGGGGCUAGCGGAGUCAAACUGCUCACGAACUGGUGAAUCACAAGAUCAGAAGCAGAACCUACCCACUAAUAAUCCUGUGGCUCAUAAGAAAGUUCUGCCCCCAAUCCCACCUCGGGUGACUCAGAAUUGUCCUCCGGUGCGGUUUUCGACAGUUUCCGUUACUGGGAAGAUGACCACCGGGGAUUGCGCGACUGAAUCUUUGACCAAGGCGACUCACCCAAGACCGGUGCUCUCUUCACUUUCUGUUCCAGUUCGGUCACAGCCACAGAACCUGCCUGUUGUUCCGAGGCGGCAAACUGCAGAUCGGAAACCAUCUCCUGUCUCACCGUUACCGGUCUCACCAUCACAUGCCUCUCCUUCCUCCUCCUCCACCUCCUCCUCCACAUCAUCAUCAUCAUCAUCAGCAGCAGUAGAACAGUUCCACCUUUAUGAACAGUGUUCUUCACCAGAAUUGGGCAUUCCUCCUCUCCCUCCAAAAUCAUAUGCUGUAGUGACCCCCAGAGGGCCUAAAGUCAACCUGCCCCCCCGCCCCCCACGCAGACCCCCCAUUCCUCCCCGCACCACCACGGCACCCACCAAUAAGACCACACCUUUUCCCAGGAGCCCGUCCAUGCUCAGCUCGUCUCCAGCAGAUGAUCUCUCUGUUCUGGACAUCUCAGCCCAAAUAAAUACCCGUGUAGAAACCUCUCAGCUAGCGGCCGCGUCGGUGCCCAGUCAGAGACGGUUGGACUCUACAGGCAGUUCAGACAGCUAUGAGGAGCUCGACACAGCAAAGAGUACAAACAGCAAUCCUGUAGAAAUGGCAGAUAAGAGCACACUCCUGCCUCUUCCACGUGUGCGCGGGUCUCAUCGCAGCAGCCUGUACAGUGAUGAUGAGCUACUUGAUGAAGACGAGUCUGUGACGGAGAAGCGACAAUCAUGGAUCGAGGAUUACAGCCGACUCUCCAGCAGCCAGAACAGCAUCUACCUGCCUGCCACAGGACCGGUGUCUCCGCCCCCCAGGGAUGACCCCACCCCCCAACUCAGCCCGGUCAUCAAGAUGGGCUGGCUCGACAAGAACCCUCCACAGGGGUCUCUGAUCUAUCAGCGGCGUUGGGUCAAACUGGACACUGAUUACCUGCGAUACUUUGACAACGACAAGGACAUCUAUUCAAAGCGGAUCAUUCCCACAUCCUCCAUCACGUCAGUGGCCAGUGUGGGAGAUCAGAAGUUUGAGGUGGUCACUCAUAACCGCACCUUUCUGUUUCGGGCUGAAAGUGACUCGGAGAGGAAUGAGUGGCUGUCUGUGCUACAAGAAAUUAUUAAUUCAUCUCGCCUGAAGUCAAGCGCUGAGUUGACCCUUAACCCCUGUGUGACCUCAGAGAUGAAAGGCUACCUGGAGCUCCGGGGCCUGCGCUCAAAACUCUACACCAUAGUGUGUGGAGAUAAAGUGUUCCUUUACAAAAAUGCUGAGGACUAUAAGCUGGGUAUCGGGAUCACGGCUAUAGAUAUGAAUGUUGGGAAUGUGAAGGACAUGGACAGAAAAGCGUUUGACCUGACCACACCUUACCGCGUAUUCAGUUUUGUGGCAGAAACUGACCAGCUAAAAGAACAGUGGGUGGAGGCAAUGAGGAACUCCAUUGCCGAGGCCCUUUCUAACUAUGAGGUUGCAGAGAAGAUAUGGUCGGAGCCAUCCAAUCAGAUAUGUUCUGACUGUAGCGCCACCAAACCUGAGUGGGCAGCUAUUAAUCUUGGAGUUGUCUUCUGCAAGCGCUGUGCAGGAGAACACCGCAGUCUGGGUCCAAGCAUAUCAAAAGUACGGAGCCUCAAAAUGGACAAAAAGGUGUGGACUGAGGAGUUAGUCCAGCUCUUCCUAGAGCUGGGCAACGAGCGAGCCAAUCAGUUUUGGGCAGCUAACAUCCCACCCAGCGAGGCUCUGAGUCCGUUCAGCAGCAGCGACAAGCGCAAGCAUUUCAUCAUAGCUAAAUACCGCGAGGGCAAAUAUCGCCGCUACCAUCCGCUGUUCGGCAACCAGACAGAGCUCAACAACGCCUUGUGUAUUAAUGUGCAGUCUACCGAUGUGUGUGAGACUCUGUCCCUUGUCUUUUGCGGUGCUGAUGUGAACUGUGACACGGGUAUCCCAGAAUUCCCCACUCCAGUGGCUUUGGCUCUGUAUCACGGGCAGAAGUUGCAGGUGGAGUUCCUCACUCAGAACCGCAACAUAGAGAUCCCAAGGUCAGAGGUCAAACUGGCCAUGCACACAGAGCACUACAUGGCCCCGCCCUCAAUCACACACAAUGGCUUCCUGUUUAAGACUGCUUCCAUGGCUCGUCCAAUCACAGAGCGGAAGAAUAAAGAAGAGUUCAGUAGGAGGUGGUGUGUUCUGAACGAUGGACAUUUUAGUUACUAUGAAAGCGAUAAGAACGCUACACCAAAUGGAGGUUUGAAGAUGAAAGAGAUCGUCUGUCUGGCUGUCAGUCCUCCUGAGACACACGGGUACGAUCACUCGUUUGAGAUUUACUCUGACGCAGAGCGUCUCUACCUGUUUGGGACUGACAAUCCCGACUCGAUGAAGGAAUGGGUCAAGUCCAUCGCCAAGUCCUUCAUUCCAGCGUGUGCUGAAGAUCUGCUGCAGAAGGAUUUUGAACGGAUCGGCCGUCUGCGCUAUAAAGACCCUCUGAACCUGGAGAGCUGGAGGCUGGGCUGGUUCUGUCUUGAGGCAUCCACGCUGCACGUGUGUUUGGAGGACAGUAAGAGCCGCGAGAGCAUCCAGCUGCAGAAACUUCUGGAACUCUCGAGGGAUAAUGAAGUUCUGGUGCUCGUGGAGCGAGGAAGGACUCUGUACAUCGAGGGGGAGAGGAAGUUGGAUUUUCAUGGCUGGGCGUCGUCCAUCCAGCGGGCUGCUGGGAGUUCAGGAGACACACUGAGUCAGCAGCAGCUCACUGAGGCUGAUAUCCCGCUCAUAGUGGAGCGCUGUAUACAUUACGUCACGCAGUACGGCCUGACAUCAGAAGGUAUUUACCGUAAGAGUGGUGUGAACAGUAAGAUUGCCGCCCUGCUGGACACCUUCAGGAACGACGCUCGCUCUGUGUGGCUUAAAGAGGGAGAGCAUCAAGUGGACGACGUGUCCAAUGUCCUCAAGAGGUUCUUCAGGGACAUCGAGGAGGGACUGUUUGGUCCACAGUCACAAAACUGGUUCAGCACUACGACUCUCUCAGAUGAAAGCAAAAAGAUUUCCCAGUAUCAACUUCUGUUCGAAAAUCUGCCUCGAGUUAACAAAGCCACACUACGUACACUGGUCAACCACUUAUUCUGCGUGCAGCAGUUUUCAGAACUGAACCAGAUGAACCUCCAUAACCUGGCAAUAGUUUUCGGACCGACACUUUUCCAGACAGAUGGUCAAGACUACAACGCAGGGCGUGUGGUGGAAGACCUUAUUCAGCACUACGUCACCAUUUUCAGUGUCAAUGAACAGCAGUUAAAGAGACAGCUUGAUGAAAUCACCUUCAUCAUUAAAUUAAGAGAUAACCUCAAUCCUAAAACAGGACCGGCCAGUGGAGAUUUUAUCUGUACAGUGUACCUGGAGGAGAAGAAGGAAACAGCUGAGCAGCAUGUGAAGAUCCCGGCCACCAUGACGGCGGCUGAACUGGCCAUCGAGAUCCUCGACCGCAGGAAGAUCAGCAUCAAGGAGAAGGAUUACUGGUGCUGCUUCGAGGUCAAUGAGAAGGAGGAGACUGAGCGUCCUCUGCACUAUCAGGAGCGAGUGUUGCCGAUCCUGCACAGUUUAGGGACAGAAAGUCACCUUCUCAUCAAAAGGCACUAUGCAAUGGAGGCCAUGCUCAUCUACCUGGCCAGUAAAGUGGAUGUGACCAAACACGGCAUGCUGAAGUUUAAAGAGGAGCGCAGUCUGCUGGGUCUGAGUACAGGAAGCUUCAACGAUCGAUACUUCAUGCUGAACCAGACCUCGCUACGACUCUACAAAGAUGUCCGAAGUAAUCGUGCGGAGAAGGAGUGGCCUGUGAAGUGUCUAAAAGUUUAUCAGGGAAUAAAGAAGAAGCUUCGUCCACCAACAUGUUGGGGUCUGACUGUGGUGUAUGAAAGUGAGAAGCCUGAGAAACAGGACAAACAGCAAUGGUAUUUGUGCUGUGACACUCAGACAGAGAUGAGGGAGUGGCUCGCUACGUUUCUCAGUAUACAGCAUGCGGGUCUCUUGUGGCCUACAGAGUGGUUAAAGUCACGUUCUGUUCCUCGUUCCUCUCCUCCUCUGGACUCUCGUCUCGGUAGUGUGUCGCUUAUUCCUCUGCGUGGUACUGAGAGUGAGAUGAGGAACAGUGUGGCUGCUUUCUCUGCAGAUCACCUCGCCCUCUUAAGAAACCUGUGACCAUGAAGUGAUGAUGCCUGCUGAUGCCUGAGAAGAUAAAGAAUAUGCCAGAACGCAUGAACCAAUCAGACCAGCUGGAUCCAGUGUCAUCCUGCUAGAUGGAUACGGUUAGCGAUGUUUACCCCCUCAUGUGAUGAUCUGGAAAGUUCUAGCAGCUGUUUUUAGACUUUGUGGAAACCCAGAAUCGUUCUGAACAGAACAUGUCAGUUGUACUGAUGUCCAUGUUGUACAUGUCCGGACGUCCAAUCAUAAGUUCUCCUGCAAAGUUUUUUCUGGAUAUCGUAAGUGCUCGUUGGAACAAUGUGAAGUUCUGAAGAUUUUCUGGAUCAGUAAAGUGUGGACUGUGGACUGCAUCGUGCUUCUGUGUGAGAGAGCGAAUAGUUUUUUACACCAGGUUUAACUUUAGUCACAUUAAACUGCAGCCUGGACACAAUUUUACUGAUGUUAAUAAGAAUAAAACACUCAAUAGCUGCAGGUCAAGCUGUUAGGAAUUAUUAACAUCUUAUUAACACACACACACACACACACACACACACACACACACACACACACACACACACACACACACACACACCUGUAAUACUGUCUCUCCAAAUUAAUCCUCUGAUUAUUAAAUUAUUUAAUUUAAUUUUUCUUUGUUCUGGUCGACUUUAGUUCACAACCAUUUCCUAAAAUCACAUGUUCUAAUAAUUUGAUAUAUAUAUAUUUUUGCAUUUCUCUACAUUUCUUCAUUUUCUUCAUAUGUGUGUAUUGUAAUGAACUGUUACAGAAAGUGUAAUUAGUUAUAAUUAAUGUAUAUUGAUUGAAUUAAAAGUUAUUAUUUAGACAUA